GUAGCAGCCCACCACAAGUUGUGACAAAAUACUGAGCGCUAAGACUGGAAGCUUUUAAUCACGGAUAUCGCCUAUCUCAGCCUUCUUGAAUCAACCUCGUCAACGUCUUUUGCAAGACUUUUAACUCUGAUGUACUUGCUUCAUUCAACAUGAGCUUUUCGAAUCAUUAUGAGUAUUCCGGGGUCUUGGGGACGAAUGACGGAGAAAACGACCCGGAUGACAGCCCGUCCAGUUCAAGCAAUGAUGAUUCCGACUCUGACGACGCACAAGACGAAAGCGCUAGGAGCAAUCUACUCAAAAUCAUGGACGAUCUCAGAUUUUGUGCUAAAUCUGGCAAGGCUAGCAAGAGCAAAAUGGCCAUGUCUGGUGAUUUUGAUCUCGCAGAAGAAUCUGGCCUCAAAGAAUUUCUCAAGCAGAAAGAAAAGUACCUGGCGAAGAAAACUGACAAAAACAUGACAUUGCUGCACCUGAUCGCCGAAGCGCCCAAAAGCGAGAUGCCGGAGGUGAAGAAUAUGAAGGGCCUCAUUGGCGCAUUAGUAAAGCUGGACGAAAACCUUCUAGCAGAGCGCGACCACAAUGGCAAAACACCACUAUUCUGCGCUAUCAUGAACAAGAACCGCAAAUUAGCGAAGGUUAUGUGCGAGUUUCAUCACGAUAUCAACAGUAUCCUAGCCAUGGGUAAGAUGAAUAAUCCGCGGUCGACAAAUUGCAUUCACGAAGCCAUCACGAAGAAAUCAUCCUCUCGUGAUGCGGCUUUUUUAGUGGAUUUGAUCAGAAGGUCGAAAGCGGAUACUCUCUGCGCUAUGGACGAGAAUGGAUUCACACCGCUUCACUUGGCAGUAGACUUCAAGCGAUGUGAUGAGACACAGCUGAACAUCGUCGAAGUUUUGGUGGAGACGGGUGAGAAAGCUCUGGACAAGACGUAUAAUCAUCCUGAAAGGGGUCCACUAUCUCCGUACCUUUACCAUCGAUUAACAUCCGACGGCGCAAGACAAAAAGACACAAUUUCGGCCGAGACGAGAAGAAGAUCAGAGAAGACGGAACUUGAUUCAUCUCAUAGGAGGGAGCGUCAUGGACGCAAGGAGCACAAAGACUUGAAGGGCGCGCAACCUAGAGAGAAAGGAAGGGACUAUUCGGCAUCGCGAUGGUCACAUUAUCUUCAGUCAGAAAUGACUCCAACGCAAGCAGAAGUCCCUACAGGAAAAGUUGAUCCGGAGAUCGCCACAGUGUACCCCGGCAAUCAAGACAUUUCUGCGCACUCAGUCGACGGCAGAACCCAAGAAGCCACUUCAACGUCGAAAGAAAAGGACAAAAUGGGGAUGUCAACGAAGACACCCCACAGGUCAAGGUUGAACCCAACAAGGAGCAGCGCAUCUGAAAUUGAGCAGUUCUUGAAGCUACACUAUCUACGGAACAGGACCCACGAUGAAGCGGUUAGGUUACUUUACGGGGCCAAACAAGACAAACAGAUUUACUUCGAUCUGUUCGGAACGUCACCAGAGAUCAGCAAGACUGGAUUGGUUUCAGGGCUUCAUCAUCUCCAUCUUGAGGACAUCCUCCAAUAUGUGGCGAUUCCUCGGGUGUUUAUUGAAGAUGAAUCAUCAAGGAAACAGAAGCCUAGUCAGCUGCAGUCAAAGCCUGACGGAAGCGGCCGCACUGACAUGACGUUAAUAUUCCAAUGGCUCAGGGAAGACAAGAAAGUGAAGACCAUAUUGAAGGUCAUUGUGGAUGACCUUAAGGAGCCAUCGCACAGCGAUGAGGCCAUCGAAGCAUGUCUUGACGGGAUGGGUGUGGAGACAUGGGACUGGAGAAAAUUUGAUUUGUCUCCUGAUGUCAUUCACAAAGCGGCGCCGAAAGUGCGUGUGGUCCAUUUGUAUUGGAGUGGCAACAACGCUGUUCUUCUGGGGUGGAGCGCCACAGAAGGGGGCUUGAAGACAUUGAAAGAGCUUCAAAAAGUUCAUCUUCAUGUUCAUCAGGGCCUUGAAACUCGUAAUCGACUGAGACAAAACGUGGCAAAAUUCAAGAAAGAGGUCGAAAGCGGCACCCAGAUAUCCGUUGAAGACACAAAGAUGGGGGAUGCUGCCAUGGACAACCCGGCAAAGGGGGUGGUCGCGGCGCGUGACCAGCACGAGAGACAUAAAUGGGUUACCAGCAUGGAAGAGUUCGCAGACUUCCUGCAGGCCGCUCAGCGAAACACCGAAUUGACCGUGAAAGACCCCAUCACAAUUGCCAUAAUUGAUGAUGGUGUAGAUAUUAACGACCCCAAUCUGCACUCGAGAAUCCAAGGUGGAAGCAGCUUCUGCCGUCGUGACGAGAAACAGAAUCUCAACAACCCGUACUAUGUCUCACCUGGCGGACAUGGUACGGCGAUGGCUAGACUGAUAUGCAAGAUCUGCCCCAAUGUCAAGCUGCACAUUCUGAGGUUAGAUGAGUUCGACAAUGGCCAGGGCAAGAGAACAAUCACAGCUGCCAGUGCUGCAAAGGCUGUCCUUGCCGCUGUUGAAGAAAAGGUUGACAUCAUCUCCAUGUCCUGGACCAUUGAAGAAUCAGACAAGAAUGAUCUGGACAUCCGGAAACUGAAUAGAGCCAUCGAAUCCGCUGCUCACCAGAACAUCCUUAUGUUUUGUGCGGCGGCAGACCAAGGCGCGGCUUCAGCCGUGACUUACCCAGCGGCCAGCCACACGACAAAGCUGUUCAAGAUUGGGGCGGCAGAGGCAGCAGGUGGAACCUAUAAGUGGGUUGGUGGUCUUUCUCACGUUGACUUUAUUUUCCCGGGAUAUCAGGUAGUGACGGAGCGACACGACGAUCCCCGCGUAAAGAACUACACCGCACUGACCGGAUCAUCUGUGGCUACCGCCUUGGCUUCGGCUCUGGCGGCCAUGAUACUCUACACCAUACAAAUAGGAGAUGUGUGGCGGGACCAUAAGAACCGCCAGGGAGCCGGGCCACCGAAUGGGCAUCUCCUGAAUAGGUAUAAAUCGCUCAAAGACCAUGACAAGAUGCGGGAAGCCUUCUUGCAGAUUGGCACGACGAAGGAAAGCGGUCAUAAGUAUAUUAAAGUGUGGGAACGCUUUGAACGGAAGGUAAAGAAAGCGGAGUCAGAUGGCGCGGCCAGGGAUGAGUACGUGGAUUACAUUAUGGACUUAGCGGACCAGCUGUUCCCACAGCUAUAAACUGUGAUUGCGUAGAAUGAAAAUCAGCAUGGCAAUAUGAAGUCCAUAUUGGGGGUAGUUCUUGGUGUAGGCCCCGCAUUAGCUGUCCAAGAACUGAUUCCCUCAAUGGUCAUCAUGUCACAUCACAGUUGCAGUCGAGAAUGACGUUCAUCUCAUUUUUAGCG